AUGUUCACUGUACCAGCAAAAGCCAUCACAGCGACGUUCUUCCGAAACCCGCCACGGAAAUCCUACUUCUCAGGCUGUUCUACAGGUGGUGCUCAAGGAUAUGCACUGGCUCAGUACCAUCCCGAUAUCUUCGAUGGUAUCGUUGCAGGAAGUGCCGGCAACUGGUACUCGCACCUCAUUCUUUCGUUUCUGUGGAACGGCCUUCACGCACGGAAGCCUGGUGCAUUUCUGGCCCAGGAAGUACUCACGUUUGCAAGGGAUGCAGCACUGGAGAAGUGUGAUGACAUUGAUGGCGUGAAAGACGGAGUGAUCGACGAUCCAAGCAAGUGCGACUUCGAAAUUACAUCACUACUAUGCCGGUCCGGGCAGGCUCAAGUUGAGAAUAACAGAACGACAUGUCUGAAUCAGACGCAGCUUGCCACUUUUGAGGCGUUCUACGCUGGACCUGGGGCCGAUGUAUACCCCGGGUUUGCAAAGGGAUCGGAAUCCGAAUGGCUUCUGCUGGAAGAAACUCUCUACACCGCGUAUACAGUACCUAUAUUGCAGAACCUUGUCUUCAAGAACUUGAGCUACGAUUACACUACUUUCGACUUCCAGAACGAUGUCAAGACUGUGGACAAGGUUGCAGGCUGGGCUGACCCUUUUAACGCGCCUACUUGGCCUAUCGAUCAGCACAACGAAGCGAAAGCCAUCUACGGCGAGACACAACUUAAUGAUUUCUGGCGCUUGUUCAUGGUCCCGGGUGGUGGUCACUGCGGCCCCGCUACUAGUUAUCCUCAGGUUCCUGGAAAAUACCACUCUCUCGAAGCUCUCAUUCCAUGGGUAGAGGAUGGUGUAGCUCCUGAGUUCGUUCUGGCCACGGAGCCUUCAGAUGGAAGUAACAGGACAAGGAGGCUUUGCCCAUACCCACAGCAUGCAGUGCUCGAAGGUCAGAACGCUGACCAAUACGAAGCAUAUACUUGCAUCGAUUAG